AUGGACACAAAACAUUCGCCGGAGACAGUGGAAACCAUCUCUAUUCGGAAAAGGAAGCUCAUCACGACUGCAUGGGGCGAGGUGGUGGAGGUUUGUAGCGACGGAGAAGGGAUGGUGUCAAGGCUAGAUGGCGGCUCCAAAAUCCGUUCUAGUGGUGAAGAUCUUAAACCGUGCGGUGGUCUGGAGAAGAAUUGGGAAGAAGGUUUCGAGAGAAGUUGGAGAAACAAAGUCGUAGGAAAGGGCCAAGACACAGCACCAGAUGUUGAAGACGAAACUACCUUACAGAGCGAAAGAAGAGGAGCAAGUGAUGGAGUAGAGGGCCCGACGCCGGCGGCCAAAGGCCUUACCGGCGUCGAGAAGAACUGCUUGCGGUGGCGACUUGAAAAUCGUGUCUGGGAGCUUUUUCUAGGGUGA